CAGGUGUCCUUCCCCAGGAGAUCAUUGCUGCCUAGGGCGACGAUGGCGAGCUUAUCCUAGCCAAGUUUAAAAGCGGCGCACACGUUCUCCGCAUCGUGCAGUACUCUAUGCGUCUGGCGCUCGGGGAAUCGAGUCCCGCCUUGACCGCAUCAUGCCCGUCCACCUCCCAAAGCAGUGCGGAACCCGGUCAUGAACAGCAACCACCAAGUCAUCCCACCUACAAGGUCGGUUCCGUUCAACGACUCAUUGUCUGACAUACGCCUCAUCAAGCUUCUGCCGGGUCACGAUGGUGAUCCCAUCGCCAUGCAACUCUUCGUCACGGACCGAGGCUGCGACGAGUAUGAAGCGCUGUCAUCCGCCUGGGGUUCCCGCGAUGCCGAGGUAUCUGUCAGGGUGGGCAGGGAGCCGUUUCGAGGUUUCGGCGAAUUUGGGUGAGGCUCUUCGCUGCCUGCGGUGUGAGGAUGUUUCUCGCGUGAUCUGGAUAUACCCUAUUUGCAUCAACGAGUCCGACGAUGCGGAAAUGUCGACGCAGGUCGCCGUGAUCGGUGACAUAUGCUGAAACGCCGCCUACGUUGUCAUUUUCUUGGGCGGCGAGAAGGACGAUAGCGAUCUGGUUAUAAGAUACCUCGAAUCUUGAGGACGAGGCUGAGGGACCAGAUGGCAGGGUGGGCAAAAAAUAUUCGUUUUGGGCAAAAUCAAUAUUACUAAG